GUGCCGGACGGGGUGGGGGCGUGGCACCAGGAAGCGGCCUCCGAGCCCGCUCCGACCGCGGUCGCCACCGCCCGACCCGACUCGCUGCGUACCCGUGCCGGCGCCGCUCGCCUCGCUCCACGCUGGCGGCCGCCCCCGGACUCCCCGCCGCAGCGGCGGCGCCCGCUAUGGGCGAGGAGGACUACUACCUGGAGCUCUGCGACCGGCCGGUGCACUUCGAGAAGGCGAACCCGGUCAACUGCGUCUUUUUCGAUGAGGCCAACAAGCAGGUUUUUGCAGUUCGAUCAGGUGGAGCUACCGGGGUGGUAGUUAAAGGCCCAGAUGACAGGAAUCCCAUCUCAUUUCGAAUGGAAGACAAAGGAGAAGUGAAGUGCAUUAAGUUUUCCUUAGAAAAUAAGAUAUUGGCUGUUCAGAGGACCUCAAAGACCGUGGAUUUUUCUAAUUUUAUCCCGGAUAGUUCUCAGCUGGAGUACACUCAGGAGUGCAAGACCAAGAACGCCAACAUACUAGGAUUCUGUUGGACCAGUUCUACUGAAAUUGUCUUCAUAACAGAUCAAGGAAUUGAAUUUUACCAGGUGUUACCAGAGAAACGAAAUCUGAAACUCCUGAAGAGCCAGAAUAUCAAUGUGAAUUGGUACAUGUACUGCCCCGAGGGGGCUGUGAUCCUGCUGUCUACCACAGUGCUCGGGAAUGUGCUGCAGCCCUUUUAUUUUCGGGCUGGCACGAUGUCGAAGCUGCCCAAGUUUGAGAUUGAAUUACCAGCUGUACCCAAGUCAACCAAGCUGAACCUUUCUGAGAGAGACAUCGCGAUGGCAACCAUAUACGGACAGCUUUAUGUUCUCUUCUUGAGGCAUCAUUCCCGGACCUCCAAUAGUACAGGAGCGGAGGUAGUCCUCUAUCACCUACCACGAGAAGGUGCCUGUAAAAAGAUGCACAUAUUAAAGUUAAAUCGGACGGGGAAGUUUGCCCUCAACGUGGUAGAUAACCUGGUGGUGGUUCAUCAUCAGGACACAGAGACAUCGGUGAUAUUUGACAUCAAGUUAAGGGGCGAGUUUGAUGGCACCGUCACCUUCCAUCACCCGGUUCUCCCAGCACGCUCCAUUCAGCCCUACCAGAUCCCCGUGGCAGGUCCUGCUCCUGUGACCAGCCAGUCUCCUGUCCCGUGCAAACUCUAUUCUUCGUCCUGGAUUGUCUUUCAGCCCGACAUCAUUAUCAGUGCAAGCCAAGGCUACCUCUGGAACCUCCAAGUGAAGCUUCAGCCCAUCGUAAACCUCUUGCCAGAUAAAGGAAGACUGAUGGACUUUCUCCUCCAGAGAAAGGAGUGCAAGAUGGUCAUUCUGUCUGUCUGUUCGCAGAUGCUGAGUGAGUCCGACAGAGCCACAUUACCUGUGAUCGCCACGGUUUUUGACAAGCUCAAUCACGAGUAUAAGAAGUACCUGGAUGCAGAGCAGAGCUACACAACGGCACUAGAAGCUGGGCAGAGCCGGAGCAGUCCGCUUCUCAGGAGGCCGGUGCGGACCCAGGCAGUGAUCGAUCAGUCCGACAUGUACACCCACGUCCUGUCGGUGUUCACGGAGAAGAAGGACAUGCCUCAUAAGUUCGUGAUCGCCGUCCUGAUGGAGUAUAUCCGCUCGCUCAACCAGUUUCAGAUCACAGUACAGCACUACUUACACGAGCUCGUCAUCAAGACGCUGGUCCAGCACAACCUCUUCUACAUGCUGCAUCAGUUCCUGCAGUACCACGUCCUCAGCGACUCCAAGCCUUUGGCUUGUUUGCUCUUAUCCCUAGAAAGUUUCUACCCUCCUGCCCACCAGCUGUCUCUGGACAUGCUGAAGCGACUGUCCACCGCCAACGACGAAAUCGUGGAGGUGCUUCUUUCCAAACACCAGGUAUUGGCCGCCUUGCGGUUCAUCCGGGGCAUUGGCGGCCACGACAACAUUUCUGCACGAAAAUUUUUAGAUGCCGCGAAGCAGACUGAAGACAACAUGCUUUUCUAUACUAUAUUUCGGUUUUUUGAACAGCGAAACCAGCGUUUGCGAGGGAACCCUAACUUCACACCAGGUGAGGCUGUGGUGGCCGUGAGAGAGGGGAGUGAACAGACCGGCAGUAGCAGGAGCAGGCUGGCGGCCGGGCCUUCUGGGGGCCCUCCUAAGAACUCCUGGGUUAGCUUUCUUAGAAACAAAAUUCCAUCUGCCCAUGGAAUCUGAAUCCUGCUCUGGGACUCGCAGUUAAUGCACUUCCAGUGUGGCCCAUGCCACUGACCUGAGAAUGCUGCUUUCUGAGGAAUCAGGGAUAAGACAGGAAAUGGUGGCAGGAAACCGUGACUAAGGCAUGUCACAUGGCCUGGGGCUUACCACUGAUGGUCUUAGGAAACCGAGGCUAAUCUUAGCUCUUUGUCUCCCAAGUUAUGAAACCUCAGGCAUCUAGCUUCUUUAGGAUGGGGAAGGAGCAUGUGAGGUUGCGUCAGGCCCCCCAGUAACCCGUGUGGGGUGGCACUGCCAGGACAGGCAAGCCACUUGUGUCUCCAAGCAGGUGGCAGUUCGCUGGGGUUGUGAAGGUGUCCAACAGCUCUGGCAGCAGCUGUAUAAAUAAAAAGGACAACUCAGCAGCUUAGGAAAACAAGUGUUUUAUGAAAGAAAAUAAGUUAAAACCCCACCGUACAUAUCUAUGAGCUGUGAAGCAUUCAUUUUGUUUUCCUCUUUUUGUGCCACAUCUGAUGAAAUCUGUAUUUCCUUUAUAGGAGAACACUGUGAAGAACAUGUUGCUUUUUUCAAACAGGUUUUUGGAGACCAAGCUCUAAUGAGGCCUACAACAUUCUGAAAUCACUUGCUAGUUUGUUUUUUUAUAUAUAUAUAAAAAUGUGUACAAAGUUAAUUUAUUGCAUUAAUAAAGCUCUUUAAACUAUAAAAUGUUAUAGUAAAGUGUAUCUACAACAUCCUCAAGUGUUACUAAAAAUAUGGUAUAGAACUUGUGUGAUGGCUUACUCCAAAAACAAAGGAAAAACAUUGCAUUGAUUGGCCUUUAAAAAGUGUCAGGGAGCAGAUCCC